CAGCCCUCUGUGUACAGUGUAUAGUGUGACAGUGUGAGCGGAUGGACAGAAGGAGCAGUUGUGUAGAGGAGACAGCCCAGGGCCACUAGCUGCUUCUUUUUCUCUGGAGGUGGAGGAUUUGAUGUUCCUGAGGAGGUUGGAACAGGGAAUGUCCUACCCAUCCAGCCGAGGAAAGAAAAGCUAAGGGUCUUGUCUUCAUUUCCCCAUCUUUCCAUUCCCUUCCUGGGAAAGGAGGGAGGAGGGUUGGCCCGGCUCUCCCAAGGACUGGCAUGUGGGUACCACAUGCUAGACCCCCUUAGAGUCUCAUGUCCAUUCUCAGGCCCAGUCUGCUGGCCUUUAGGUGAUGUUCUGUCGUGAGGCCUAGGCCAUGCCCAAGCUGGAGGGAAGCCCCUGAAACCUGUCUGGAGGAGGAAGCAUGCAGGGCACCCAAGGAGGAGGCAUAGGCCCUGGGCUAUCCCCUGUGGACAGAGGGACACUUCUGUUCUGCAACUUUAUCCUGGCUGUAGCUUGGGGCCAAGUGAAUUUCACAGGAGACCAGGUUCUUCGAGUCCGGGCCAAAAAUGAGAAGCAGCUGUCACUUCUCAGGGAUCUGGAGAUCCAGAAGCCCCAGAAGGUGGACUUCUGGCGUGGCCCAGCCAGACCUAGCCUCCCUGUGGACAUGAGAGUUCCCUUCUCUGAACUGCCCAGCGUUAAAGCUUAUUUGAAGUCUCACGGCCUUGCCUACAGCGUCAUGAUAAAGGACAUCCAGGUGCUGCUGGAUGAAGAGAGAGAUGCUAUGGCAAGGUCCCGCAGGCUGGAACGCAGUACCAACGGCUUCAGCUAUUCCUCGUAUCACACUCUGGAUGAGAUAUAUAAUUGGAUCGACAACUUUGUAGCUGAACAUUCUAAUCUUGUCUCCAAAAUUCACAUUGGCAAGAGCUUUGAAAAUCGGUCCAUUCUUGUCCUGAAGUUCAGCACUGGAGGUCCAAAUCGCACAGCCAUCUGGAUUGACACUGGGAUUCAUUCCCGAGAGUGGAUCACUCAUGCCACUGGCAUCUGGAUCUCGCAGAAGAUUGUCAAUGCAUAUAGCAGAGACCAUGUCUUGAAAAAAGUAUUAAACACUAUGGACAUUUUCAUAGAGAUUGUCACCAACCCUGAUGGCUUUGCCUUUACUCAUAGCAUGAAUCGCUUGUGGCGGAAAAACAAGUCAAUUCAACCCGGCAUCGUCUGCGUUGGUGUGGACCUCAACAGGAAUUGGAGGACAGGCUUCGGAGGAAAUGGUUCUACUAAAAACCCCUGCUCAGAGACUUACCGAGGGCCGGCCCCCGAGUCAGAGCCAGAGGUAGCUGCGAUUGUGGCCUUCAUCACGGGUCACGGGAACUUCAAAGCUAUGAUCUCCAUUCACAGCUACUCUCAGAUGGUCAUGUACCCGUAUGGCCAUUCUCUGGAGCCUGUGCCCAACCAUAAAGAACUGUUCGAGCUUGCCAAGGAUGCAGUAAAGGCUCUCUACAAGGUGCACGGGAUGGAGUACAUUUUUGGCAGCAUCAGUACCACCCUCUAUUCAGCCAGCGGGAUCACGGUGGACUGGGCUUAUGACAGUGGCAUCAAGUAUGCCUUCAGCUUCGAGCUCCGGGACACUGGACAAUAUGGUUUCCUGCUCCCAGCCUCACAGAUUGUUCCCACAGCCGAGGAGACAUGGAUGGCACUACGGACCAUUAUGAAACACACCCUGAAUCACCCCUAUUAGCCACGCUACUUGGGCCAGAGCAGUUGGGGUUCACCCCUUUCCCUGAAAGUCCUCCUAUAUUAAGUAUCCCUUCCCAACCUGACAUUAGACCCCCAGCAAAUACAAGCAACUUUGAACAGGCCUCGCUGCCCUAGUGUGGGCUGCCGACUCUUCGGGAUGCUUGGGCAUCCUCAGGGCAGCUCGUCAUGUCUGGGAUGCACCCCGUCCCUGUUGCUUUCAGGAAACCAUGAGGCUUGAGCUCUGCCUGUCCCUCACUUUGCUCCCUGGGAACAGCCAAUGUAUAUGUUGCCCUAGCAGUUUUUGACAUUUUAAUAAAUCCAGAGGGAACUGGGCUUGAUUUAAACAA